UACAGUACAUACAGGACACUGAACACCUGCACAUGGGCACAAACACAACAGAGAGGGCCAGACACGCUCAGAAAAAGAGUACAAACACAAACACUCGCACUUCUAAUGGCAUAAGUUUGUUGAUUUCAUUAGGUAGAGGAGACAAAGCUGGUACUCCAAGGUGAGCCUAUCAGAGUGAGCAAUAUAAAUUACGCAACAGGAGUAUAUGACGGGCUGAAGUAGUAGAAGGAGCUGAAGCAGUGGGAGGGGCUGAAGCAGUGGGAGGGGCUGAAGCAGUGGCAGGGGCUGAGGCAGUGGGACGUCUAGGUGAAGAGUAAAAGCCAUGAGGUCAGAGCUGAUAAGCACAUGCGCACACUGCUUCUACUGUUUAUGCAGAGUCAUUCUGCUUUACUGUUCAUAGGCAGGGCCAUUGACAGCUUUCACUAGGCCCAGAACAAUGUCAUCUUAAGCCACCACGUGAACUAUGACUAAUAAGCCCAGGCUUGUUUUGCAAAUCACUCCAUUUAGCCGCCAAACUGUCAUGGGUUCCUUGAGGGUGUGGAAGUUUCUUGUGCUAACUGACUUUUUCCGAAAGUGGACAUAUAAAUAGUUAGUUUAAUGUAAUUUUAUCUAAGGGUAUGGGUUUGGGGUACCAUGGUGGUGGCUCUGCACUUAGCCAAGACUUUACAUGUAGUACUCUCUCAAGCAUACCAGUAAAAAGAGAGUGAAUUUGUUUUGGUAAUUUGUUGGGACCAAACCAUUGUCAUUAUGGUCCCUAGCAAUUCCCAAAGAUUCAAACAGAGAGGGAAUUUUGGGUUGGGAUUGGUGGACAUGGGCUGGUACCUUUUGUGGCAAUGGGGGGCUAGACCAAUUUGGAAGGCAAUUUGGCUUUUUUUCCAGUCUUUGUCCAAUAAUUAAAAGGGGAUUAUUAGGCACCAAAGUCAGAUAAAACGAUGUAGUUGGGCCUUCACAACAAUAAGCAGUAAAUGUUAGUUCAUUGUCUCAUUGUUAAUAGGAAUCUGUUACUAAUAUGAAGAGGUGGAUGGAAUCUGUUACUAAUAUGAAGAGGUGGAUCCUACUCACAUUCACAUACAGCAACACAAACUUACAAACUGUACAAAAACACACUACAAUCAAUCCACCAUGUGUGUGCUGCCAAUAAAUGUAUCUAAAAUAUAUUAGCACUUCGCUUGACAGUACCGUCAUGUCAUGACAUUGUCAUGACAUUGUCAUGACAGUGUCACAAAACAGUCAUGGAAGUGUCAUAAACACCAUGUCACUAUCAUAAAUGUGACAAUAAAGUGUUUGGUUAUUCCCGUGACAUUGUUUGGUCUCUCUCUCUCUCUCUCUCUCUCUCUCUCUCUCUCUCUCUCUCUCGCCAUACAAUGUCAAUUCAGUUGUGAUGCUCAUGACGCUGCUGUCAUGUAAAGUAGUAGUAAGUACACAAUUAUAUUUACUGUGUGAUGUUUGGCAUACAUUAAUCACAGAAAACAACUAGCACUGAUGGAUACAACUAUUGUUUUUUUAACGAGCAAAACUUUUUUAGCUGAUAAAUAUCCUGAAAUCUGUCCUUUCAUUUCGGAUGAGUGCCAGUAGUUAACAGCACUUGUAAGGGGGGCUCACAAGAUACACCUUCAAAUGAAUUAUAAAUGUAAUAGUUGAUCAUUUAUUCAGCCUGAUUCAGCAUCUUACCUCAUCCUCUUAGUCUUGCGUCACCUAUAGUUAUAGUAUGAAGUCACUAAUGAUAUUCAAUGAAGCAGUAGUGCACUGCUGUACACCGUCAUAAUCCCUCCUACUGUCGUAUCAAUUCAACCAGUCUAACUGGUCAAAGUGCAGGUAGGCUGGGCAGAGUUUAUACCUGGCAGUAAGUAUUUAAUCAGUGAGCAGAACACAGUUGGAGGUCAGAGUAGUAGAGGCUUUGCAUGCUGUUGCUCACACUCACUGCCUCCACUCCACUCCACUUCUUCAGUCCAUUCGCUUCUGGGGUCCUUGUUCAAAAUGGUGUCCGCGUCGCCCUCUGUGUUGAUCUCCUCCUUGUGGAAGUGGGUGGACGUCCAGAUGCUCCUGGUCUUCACCAUCGUCUUCCUGGUUCUGGCUGACAUGAGGAGGAAGAUCAGGCCCAAGAACUUCCCCCCAGGGCCCAUGUGCUGGCCCAUCGUUGGAAACCUGUUCGCGGUGGACAUGAAGAAACCUCACCUGGAUAUGACACGGCUUGCUGAGAAGUAUGGCAGUGUGUACAGUCUCAAGACGGACACGUGGACGGUGGUGUUGAAUGGCUACAAGACUGUGCGAGAAGCCCUAGUCACCCAGGGAGACCCCAUGGCUGACAGGCCCGAAACGGCCCUCUCUCAGGAUGUGGGACAACAUCUUGGUGUCAUCACCAGCAAUGGCUACAUGUGGAAACAGCAGCGUCGUUUUGCCCUUUUCACCCUCAAGUAUUUUGGAGUUGGCAAGAAGAGCCUGGAGUCCGCCAUUCUGGAGGAGUUCACAAACCUGGCAGAAGAAAUUGAAGGAUAUAAGGGGAAACCAUACAACCCCGCUUUGCAUAUGAACUACGCGGUGGCCAACAUCAUUUGCUCUCUGGUCUUUGGGCAUCGAUUUGAUUACACCGAUGAGAGGUUCCAAACGCUGAUCCGCAUAUUUGACAAAGCUAUUGUAGUGGAGGCUUCCAUCUGGGCUGAGCUGUACAACACGUUCCCUGCCAUCAUGAGGCUCCUGCCUGGACCACACCAGACCCUGAAGCAGGACUACGAGAAGGUCAAGGACUUCCUGAGGCAGGAGAUUGAGGAGCACAAGGAAGACUGGGACCCGUCAGAGCCCAGAGAUUACAUCGACUGCUACCUGAGCGAAAUUGAAAAGACCAAGGAGGACACGGCAGCUGGCUUCCACGAGGACAGCUUGAUCAUGUGCACGCUGGACCUGUUUGUGGCCGGCUCCGAGACCACCUCCACCACGCUGCGCUGGAGCUUCCUCUACAUGGCCAAGUACCCGGAGGUCCAGGAAAAGGUCCAGGCGGAGAUCGAGCAGGUGAUUGGGAACUCGAGGCUGCCCAGCAUGGCGGACAGGCCAAACAUGCCCUACACUGACGCUGUGCUGCACGAGAUCCAGAGGCUGGGCAACAUUGUGCCCUUGGCACUACCCCGCAACACCACCAAAGACGUGCAGCUGAACGGCUACCACAUCCCCAAGGGUACCCAGGUGAUCCCCAACCUGACAUCGGUGCUGUUUGAUGAGAAUGAAUGGGAGACCCCCAACUCUUUUAACCCAGGACACUUCCUGGACAAGGAGGGCAAGUUUGUGAAGAACCCUGCCUUCAUCCCUUUCUCAGCAGGGAAGAGGGUGUGUCUGGGGGAGAGCCUGGCCAAGAUGGAGUUGUUCAUCUUCUUCACCUCCUUCCUGCAGCGCUUUUCCUUUUCGAUGCCUCCUGGAGUCAAGCCCGUGAUGGAUUUCCGCUUUGGCGUAACGCUGGCACCCCUGGCAUAUGAAAUAUGUGCCACGUCACGCCAUCUGUGAAUGGUAGCAGAGGGCGGGUUGUAACUUUACCUCUCGGUGGCGUCUCGUUUCUUCGCUUUGACUUUACAGGCUGGAAGUGGGGAGGACAAUGCAGCAUGCUGGGGGAAGAUUCAUGCUGGGUGCUUUGGGGUGGCGGACAAAAAGAUUUCAUCAGGCCCGCUUUUUGAUCAGUGUUUAAAUUCUCAAGAAAUUAUGGGCGAAUGCAACAAUGCACACACACAGACACACACGCUCACGUACACACACGCACACACACAAACACACACACAUGCACGCACACAAACAUGCACGCACACACGCACACGCACACACACACACACACACACACACAGCUCUAUAACCCUCUCAGAGCUCUUUAAACAGCAGAGAUUUAUCUCCUUCUAGUGGUUAAAGGGUGCACUGCAGGCUUCAUUCUCCAGCGGAAAAAAACAAUUUCAGAGAGUCAGAAAGUGCUUAACUUUAAAUGUUCCUCCGUGAAGAGUUUUGUUUUUUUACAAUCAAAGCAAUUUUGUCAGAGAAGCUAAAUGCAACUGCUCUGCUCUGGAGAUGAUGCGAUAAGUAAUUUGUGUUGAGGCAUAGCCUAUACUGUAUGUGACACAGAAAAUAAUGCAUGUCGUAUAUAACUAUUAUUGAAUAUAACGAUUACUGAAAUACUAUACUACAGCGUCAAAUACUAUUAUUAACUGAAUCCGGGGUGAAUAUAUAGUCUCAACUAAAAGAUCUGUUUCUAAUCUUGGGCUCAUCCACUGUGUAGGCCUACUGUUAAACUACUGUAUGUGUCACGUUGUAAGAUAUGUGCAACAUCAGUUUUGAGGGUUUUUUGUUUGUCCACAUACUGCUCUGCAAAUGUAAUGGUGAUAGCGACAUUUCCGGGAGAAUAGGACAAACAGUGGCAGCAGUUCAACAGUUUUAUCUCUAGGACAUUGGCCCACAUAUACUUUAACAGCUUCUGAAAUGGUUCACCGAGCAAAAGGUGGCAUAUAGGGAUAUAGUCUUUAUUAUGGCAUUGGGGGUAAUCUUUAACCAGAUGUGUCAAAAGUGAAAGUAAAAAAGAAACAUAUUUUCCUUCCAACACAGGUAACUUGUAUAUCUGAGUAGCCAGGUAGACAUGUGUAGGCCUACUUGUCUUAUGAUCAGCUGACUUGCUGGUCGAUUGAAGUUGUGGUGGGAUCUUGAGAGGUUUUUGUGUUUUUCAGUAACAACAGUCCAUCUACCUCGUAGGUAGGUACAGUACAAUGGAGUUAUAAUGGUGUAACAGCUACAUGUAUGCACUGCACUAUCAUGUGCUAGUAUUGUACUUACACCAGGAAUGUACUUUUACUUUUGACACCUCUGUCUUUAACAUGCAUUUCACAUCCCAUGCCAAGUGGAAGGUGUACAGUUAAAGUCUGAGAGUAGGAUUCAGAGGAGUGGAGGAUGCCUCAGGAAUAUCUCUUGAAGUGGGCUGUUUGCUGGUUGUAGUUGAUGUGUAGUGUGGGUGAUGUUUCUGCAUGAUGCCAUUCAUUCACUCCCUGAAACAGAGCUUAUUGUUAGUGGCGAGUCCGGAAUAUGUAAAAUCUAUGACCUGUUAAGCUACUUGACUGUAUGCUGAUUAAUGCUGCGACUAGUUUAAACAAACCUAGGGUUGCUUUUUUCUAUGUAUCCGUUAUUUUGUUUUGGCUGUUGUGUCAGUCAACUACUGUGCUUCUCUUAUUGUACUGCUUGUCAUUAUUGCCUUUACUGCUUUACUGUGCAAUAAAUGUUUUAUACUGUGGCAUUCUUGAUCGU